UUAGAACAAGAAGCUGGAGAGUGGGAUGCCAAUUUGAGCUCCGUGCAGCGUUAGUUCUCGCUAGCUGGUAUUAUCGAUGUGAAAAUGGCGGCCACCGCUGUAGAGUGGUGUUUCGCAUUCAAAUCACGUUUAAACGGUAUCUGGUUUUUUGCUUAACGCAGCCGAAUUGAUAAAGCAAAAUAAGUAACGCCAACCCUUUGAGUAAUAAAAGUAUUAUUUUUACUUUCAUCAGCCCAGAUUUAACUAACUAGCUAGCUAACGUUAGCUAGCCGUUAGCUAACGUUACAAAAUGUGUUCCGUGUUUAACGAUUGUAGUGGCCUUAAGGUUUUCAGAUUUUUUAUUUUUUUGUCUUUUUCAGUGACCUUAGUGGGAUAAAACUGUUAUGUAGUAUUAACGUUAGACUGUUUUCUUUCUUUUUGCUUUGUUCGUGUUGUUACAGGCGCUGUCCGCGUUAACCGCCGUGAUGCGUAACGUACAGUAAAGCUAACGUUACGUUAGUUGCAGAACAAAUAGAACGCUAACGUACCGAUUUACGUUAAUUUGUUCACUUGCUAACCUGGCUUUAUAGCAGCUGUUGAUACACUGCGAUGUCAUCUGGAUGGGAACUUCAGGUCCUCACAUUUAUAACUAAUAUAACCUGCUGUAUAUGUUCCGUUUGUUUCUGUCCGUUACAGUGUCGGGUGUUGAAAAUGAAUUCUCCAUCCUCACAGCUCUAUCUGAAAAGCACAUCUUCGAUGUCUUUACAUGACCGCUUCACCAGCUUGCUGAAGAAUAACCAGCCAGAGCUGAGUGACAUCGGAGCCAACAUGCAGCAACAGACAGCUUCACUGAAGAACCAACGGCUGGCUCAGCAGAUGGCCAACUGGCCUUCAGUAUUGGCUGCCCUGCAGAAAAUACCGAGUAUGAAGCAGCGUCUUGGUAAGCGGAGCAUUAAGGCAAGGCUAAAUAGACCCUUGAUGAGGGGAGGGUUGUGGGGGAUGGCGAGGCACUGGGGCAGGCCAAAAGGAAGAGGAGCAUUGUUCAGGGGAACAUUAUCAAUGAGAUGCAUGAAAGGAUUGCAAGGCGUAGUCUCUGGUUUAGUGACACAUGAAGGCCUGACUCACCAGCAGCGUGGAGCUCAUAUAAGCAGACCAGGAGUGAUGCAGAACAGAGGUGUAAGAGGAUGUCUGAGAGGCAAUGGGCGUGGGGCGUUUGUAGGUCGUGGCUGGGGUGGAGGAAGAUACAGAGCAGAGAAUCGCCCUGUCCCCACUCGAGAGCAGCUGGAUGAGCAGUUGGAUGACUACAUGUCUAUGACCAAGAGUCACCUGGAUGCACAGCUGGAUGCAUACAUGGCUGAAGUUGACUGA